AUAGAGGAAAAGGACCGGCAUAGGAGGCUCCACCUCCACCGCCACUUCCACCUGUUAUUCGCAUUCUCCCGUUUUCGCUUUCUGAUGGCUCGACGAGGUGGCGGCCGAGUGGUCCCUUGUAAGCACCGGUUGAGGUAGGGACAAGGGCGGAUGCAAAUUCUUGGAAGUCGGCCUUCCAACGUUUGAGGGGAUCGUCGCAGUCAUUGCUCUUGAGUCAUUCGACCGAUUGUUUGAUAGAAGAUUUUGAUUCGGAAGAAACUGUCGAGCGUGAAGCGCUUCCUUUGUUGGUUCGAUGGGAUUCCUAAGCUUGGCUGCCGGAAUUUGAUUCGUUAGGUGCGUCAUUUGGUGGGCAGUAAUGGAGGAAGAGGGCUGCUCUUGGGUGAGGAGGGCAAUGUUCUCUCAUACCGUCUGCCACAGGUUAGAUUAUGCUAAUCUGCAUUCAAUCCUGUUGCCCAUCAAAUCCGAAAGCAAUCCGCGAUUGAAGCCGAAAAGGACUGCAGAAGCAUCACAAUUGUCAUCAAUCUCGUUGCCGGUUGAUCGGAAUGCUGGACCUGAAACAGCGAGUUCAAUUUCUCAUUCUGCUAGUUUGUCAUCGUCGCAGUUGUUGCUACGGGAUAGGCGUCGUGGAUCAAAGACAAAUAAGUCGAGUUCGGAAAUUCCUAUUUCUUAUUUGCGCUCUGAACAAGAACCUAAAUCAGGGGCGUCAAAUUCGACUGUAGUUGUAUCUAGUUCUACUCAAAAGGCUAAUAAGCAUCGCAAGCCAAAGACGAUGGGUAGUUUAGAAAUUUCUAGCUUCUCUAUUCAUCCUGAUCAAGAAAGUAAGGUGAGUCCAAAUAAAUUGAGUGGGGGAUCUUCGUCCUUCGCUUCUCAGUCCGAUCAAGAUCCAAGAUUGAAGCACAGGGGCUCGAAUUCUGGCACAAUAUUGGUAUCUAGGCCUUCGAUUAGGUUCCAACUGGAUGAUAAUUUUCAGAAUAAUGGCCCUAUUUCUUUCAAGGAUGGACAGAAAUUUAUACUGAGGCAGAGGUCUGCUUCUCCUCUUCCAACAACCAUCCUUUCAGAUGUCUUUAAGGAAGCCAGGGCUAACGAGAAGAGGUUCGCAACUCCACCACCUAGGAGGAAAGGAUCAGAAAAGAGUGUCUCUAGCAAAAUACUCUCAAAAGAAGGCCGAGAGCAUCAUGUGGCCCCUUAUCCACCACCUCCCGAGACAAGUUCUCUGCAUCAAUUCUCAUUAAUGAAAGCAACUGGUAAGCAUAAGAGUUUGAAGGAGGCUUCAUGGGCACGAUAUUUUGAACAGGGUGGGGGAAAGGUUAUUUCUCUAGGAACUUCUGAUGAUUGGAUGGUUGAUCCUUCCCAGUUGUAUGUUGGUCUUAGGUUUGCUUCGGGAGCUCAUAGCAAGUUAUAUCAUGGCAUUUAUAAAGACCAGCCAGUUGCAGUAAAAAUCAUUAGACAACCUGAUGAUGAUGAAAAUGGGCUGAUGGCUGCUCGUCUUGAGAAGCAGUUCACUAGGGAGGUCACUCUUCUCUCUCAUCUCUAUCACCGGAAUGUGAUAAAGCUAGUAGCGGCAUGGCAAAAACCACCAGUCUUUUGCGUAAUCACUGAAUAUCUUUCAGGGGGGUCCUUGAGAGCAUUUCUACACAAACUCAAACAAAAAUCCCUCCCUCUACAAAAACUUAUUGCAAUCGCACUAGAUGUUGCACGGGGAAUGGAGUAUAUUCACUCGCAAGGGGUUAUUCACCGAGACUUGAAGCCUGAGAACAUUCUCUUUGAUCAAGACUUGUGUGUAAAAAUUGCCGACUUUGGAAUUGCCUGCGAGGAGGCACACUGUGAUACUUUAACAGAAGACCCUGGAACUUUCCGUUGGAUGGCACCUGAGAUGAUCAAACACAAGCCUUAUGGGCGCAAAGUUGAUGUCUACAGUUUUGGGCUAGUCCUGUGGGAGAUGGCCACUGGAAGAAUUCCUUACGAGGAGAUGAUGCCUGUUCAGGCUGCUUUCGCAGUGGUUGAUAAGAACUCGAGGCCUGUUGUGCCUCCUGAAUGCCCGACAGCCUUGCGGACGUUGAUCGAGCAAUGCUGGGCGCUCCAUCCAGACAAGAGACCCGACUUUUGGCAGAUCGUGAAGGUUUUAGAGCAAUUCGAAUCUGCUCUCGCUCAAGAUGGCACGCUCGACACCGUCGCAAACGUGAAUUGCCAAGAUCACAAGAAGCGGCUUCUCCGCUGGAUCCAUAAGCUGAAGCCUACACACGCUGACGGGGGGUCGGCGCCGCCGCCGCCGCUGAAAUUGUCGACCUCGAUGACCAAACUUUUGUAGCGUGUGCUGCUCUCAUGCUAUGCUUCGGAUUGUCACCUGCUCUAAUUGUUUUGUGGG